AAAAAUUUACUAACUUGUUCUGUAGUGUACCUGAAGCUGAUGAAUGGGAGGCUGGGUACCGGAGUGGAGGAAUCACGGGGGCAGAGAACCAGUCCAAUGGCCACUCACGGCUCUUCACGGCUCUUCACUGCUCCCUCACCAGUGGUAUCAGAUCCUCCGCUACAAUACAGUAAUCUUUUUGAGGCACUACGUACUAGAUACCGUCUACGCAGCCCUUGAGAAGUCCGGUGGGGGUAAUUUAGGGAUUGUGGUGUCAGAAAGCGGCUGGCCUACUGCGGGUGGAAGGGAUACGACGGUUGAAAAUGCGAGGACUUAUAACAACAAUUUGGUUCAGCAUGUGAAGGUAGGGACUCCGAAGAAGCAAGGAAAGCCCAUUGAGACAUACAUUCUUGCCAUGUUUGAUGAGAAUAAUAAGGGGGGAGAGGAGGUGGAAAAACACUGGGGGCUGUUUUCUCCAAACAAGCAGCCUAAAUAUCAAAUGAACUUCAACUAAGGGAAUUAAUUAGGAGGAAAAAUAAGGGCUUAAUACGGCUAAAUAAAUGUAUGGAGGUUUGUUUCACCAUGUUUAACGUUGUUGUAUUACUAAAUAAAUGCAUUUUGUUAAUGGAAUACAAAAUUCUUCUAUGUGUAUAUUCACUCAAAGAAAUACCAAUGACCUGUUGAUCAAAGUGAAAAGAGUUUGAUUUUCUUUAAAUAAAGUUUCGAGUUCAAU